UCAGUUGCAGACGGUCAGUCGAGCGAGACAGUUGUGUGCGCGGCGGUGUUGGAAAACCGAACUCGAAUUCGAACCACUGAAGAGCCAGCCAAGCUCAGACCAGAAUCCACCAUCGACUCGAAUCGAAUUGAAACGAAUCGAAUCGAAUCGCCACAAAAAUAAGAAACCAACACAAACAGAUCUGACAACAUGAAGUUCGUGAUUUUGCUGUGCGUGCUGAGCGCGUUGCUGCUGCAAAUUGAGGCGUCGCCCCUCCAGCGGCUUUCGAGGAGCGAGAGGGCUGUUUCCCGCCAGCAGACGGUCAACAAUGAGGUGGCUCCGGCGGUAGCUCCUGCCAGCGAUGACGACGAUGAUGAUGAUGAGGACGAUGAUGAUGAGCCUGAUCUAGGAGAUCUGAUCGAUGACGAUGAUGUUCUUUUGAUUUCGGGACUUUCAGAUGAUGAUGAGGAGGAGGACGAUGACGAGGACGAGGAGGAUGAUACGCCCCAGGGUCAGGCAGCUCCAGCGGCCACUGCCAGCGAUGAUGACGAAGAGGAGGACGAUGAUGAUGACGAUUAUCUGGACAGGCUGUUCGAUGAUAUCCUGGGCGAUGAUGAAGAUGAGGAUGAUGAUGACGAGACGCCCGCUGCAACCGCCCAACAGAGCGCUGUGGCCGCCGCUCCCGCCCAAAAUCUGGAUGAGGUUGCCCCCGCUGCCGCUUCCUCCGUGAGCGCCGGAAUCUCCGAUGGUGUUGAUCUGCCCGCCGAGUCCGGAAAUGCCGCUGAGGUUCUGGCCGCCGGAAAUGCCGCCGAUGAGUCCGUUUCCGCUGCCGUUGCUCCGGCGCAGAACGCUGCCGCCAGCAGCAGCAACAACGAAGGUAUCGCCGGUGACGACGACGAGGAGGCCGACGAUGAUGAUGACGAUGACGACGAUGACAUUAUCGGCGAUGACAUCAUCGAGGCCCGCCGCGAAGCACGUGACCUGAAGAACAACGUCAUCGAUAUGUCCACGGAUGCUUUCCAGGCCCGCCACAACCACUUCAUCGACGCCAUCUUCUCGAGGAUCAAUCGCAUUGUUUCGGAAAACUAUGAUCCCUAUGUGGUCAAUCUAACUGGUCGCUCUGUUUUGCCAAAUGCCGCCAGUGGGUCAAAUGUGAAGGCCGUCAACAAGAAGCAAUCGACGAGCAGUAAGGUCGGAGGGCACAAGAAGCUGAAGAACACGCGCUCGGAGCCCCGUUCCGGCAAUUCGAACCAGGAGGCUCGGGAGGCUGCGGUGAAGCUGCAGGAGCAAUUGACGCAAUUACAGUCGGAGCUGGCCAUCAAAGCCGUGGAGAAGAGACCCAACCCCAUAUCGCCUGCCACCGAGUCCGAGUCCGAUUCCGGAUCACCGAAGGCGGAAACGCGCACCGUUUCGGGCCCAAAAACGGGCCAAAAGAAGUCCUCGAACAAGCAGAACACGAAAAAGGCGUCGGGCCUGAAAUCAGGAAACUACAAUCAGCCAGCGGGGGCCAGCAAGGCGGGAGCCUCCAGCAAUGGGGCGGUGGAAAAGCUGCAGAAGGCCGAGGGCAGGCUCUCCGGACUGGCAUCCUUGAAGCGCGUGGGAAAUGUUAAGGUGAUCAGCGAUGCCGAGGGACGCAACUCGACGAUCAAGGCCAAGUUCACGCUGGGUCCCUUGGUCCUGCGGGUGGAGAAGUCCUUCAAAAAGGGCAGCGUGAGGAGCGUGAAGAGUGCGACCGCCAGGACGAACGAGAUGAUGGGUCGCAUCAAGUUCAGCGUGCUCGAUGAUCGGGCCACCCUGAUGUCCAUCAAGGUGCAGCAGCCCAAGCAGGUGGAGGUGGAGAGCAAGGACAAUCACGACCGCACCCGCGAAUUUGUGUGGCGACGCACGCCCAAAAUUGCCAAAUUGGUCAACGAGAAGCUCAAAUUGGCAGCCGAAUCCUUGUUUGCCCCCCAGGGCGUCGAGGUUGUCAGGCUCUGAGUGAUAAAAAGUAAGGGGUCCUGCAGGAUAACAGCCAUUUCUCACUGCUCUGCUCAGCUGUAGUCUACGCCUAAUUGUAAUGCCUAAUUUAUUUAUUUAUUUAACUUAUUUACCCAUCUAUUUAUCAACCCAUCUAUCGAUAAUAAAUCAAUUCUGACCAUGCAA